UCUGUGAGAGAGAGGGGACAAGGAGGGCGAUCCUCUGUGACCAGAUUACAGUGAACAUUUGUGUGACUGUGACCAUGUGUGUGGUGGUUGUCUUCCUCUUGUCUGCCCUGCUGCCACUCUCUUGCUCCCAUGAACGGGACCCAUUCGCCUGGCUGUACGGCCCGCAUAGCCUAAGAUUUGGCUCCCUGCAGGCAGACACUACAGGAGGGGAAUGUCCAGAUGAGUGUGACUGCCCGCCCUCCUUCCCAGUCGCCAUGUACUGUGAUGGGCGGGGCCUCACAGCCAUGCCAACCAUCCCUUCCCGCAUGAAAUACUUGUACCUCCAAAACAAUGCCAUCACAGCUGUGCCCGACUCAGCUCUAGUAAAUGCAACCAAUCUGGUGUGGCUCAUGAUGCACUACAACCAACUGACAUCUGACGCCAUUGGCAAGAAGGCAUUUCAACAGUUGAAUGGACUAGAACGUUUAUAUCUGCAACACAACAAUUUGACUGCCUUUCCUUCAAAUCUCCCUCGUACCCUGCAAGACCUGAGAAUCAACCACAACAAGAUUGAAAAGGUAACACCUGCAGACCUGGAGGGAAUGGAUAACCUCACUAUUCUGUAUCUCCAUGACAACGCUGUCACAGACAUGGGCACGUCACUGAAGGCACUCAAAUCCCUCACAUUGCUGGAGAUCAGUGGUAACAAGUUGACAAAGGUCCCAGAGGCACUCCCCGAACAUCUGCACCAGCUCUACCUGGAAUUCAACUCCAUUGAUUCUCUACCAGAGGGUUUCCUGGGCCAGUUCACUCAGCUGCAGUACAUCAGGAUCGCUCACAAUCAGCUAACAGACAAGGGUAUCCCUGCCAACACCUUCAAUGUGACUGGGCUGGUGGAGCUGGACCUGAGCUUCAAUAAACUGGAGCGAAUCCCUCCAGUGAGCACCACACUACAGCAUCUCUAUCUGCAAGCCAACCAGAUCAAAGAGUUCACUCUGGGUAGUUUCUGCAGCGUUGUGGAUGUGACCAACUUCUCCAAGCUACGGACACUGCGACUGGAUGGAAAUGAGAUCAGUCGCCAGGACAUCCCAACUGAGUCAACCCGAUGCUUGCGCCUGACUUCCAGCAUUGAGGUCUAACCUCCACACGCGACUGUACCAUUCCAUUUCACCGCACUGCAUUUGGUCAUUCAUCACCCGUGAAAGCAACAAAUCAGUGGAACACCCUACAUGACGUGAUGAAGCGCUGCAGCUCUAUCAGCACUUUUAAAAAUCAUUUGAAAGCUGGUCA